AUGGCUUUCUCAAGUUCUUCAAUACUGUUGGUGCUAGCAAUUUCCAUGAGUCUUAUGUUCCUCUCACCGGCCCAACUUUCUCCCACGUCAUUGCCGCCGGCUCCAACACCUAUGGCGGUGGUGCCGCUGACUCCACCACCCAUGGUGGCGGCGCCGCCGCCCACUAAGGCAUUAUCCCCGCCUCCAAAAUCUUCAAAGUCUCCUCCUCCGAGAGCAAUGGCUCCAUCACCCAAACUGUCAUCGCCGCCGGCGCCACCACCUUCAAUAUCAGAUACGCCCACAGACUCUCCGGCUGACUCGCCAGAUCAAUCUUCUUUAACUACACCCAAUUCUGCAGCUUUCUUGAAAGGUGGCUUGCCAAUAUUGACCAUUCUUGGAGCUAUUGGAAUCUUCUUCUGA